CAAAAAAUAAAAUGGUAUAAAUUACUCUUGUCGAAUCUCCUAUUAAGCAGAGUGCAUCGUAAGAACUGUUUUCCACUUCGUUAAGCGCUCAAAAUCCGUUUGAUCUGCGAAUGGCCCGAAGACUCUCUUCCCGCCUUUCUCUUUUAUAUUCUCUUUGCGCAACUCCCAAGCCCCAUUUCCCACCAUCGCCUUUUUCCAGGUGGCAAUCUGUUGAUCGCAGUUACAGAAGUCUAUUUUUUUCUGGGUUUCGCCUAAAUUUACGAGCAUCGAGAUCAUAUUCUCGUGGAGGACAUAAACAUUAUGAUCUCUUUGGCAAUGGAAAACCAGGAGAUGAGGAAUUUAGGAAAUCCUGGCAGAAUGCAAUGGAUGAAGAUUCUUGCUUGUGGACAGGAAGUGAAGGCGAAAGUGAUGAUGAAAAGGGUCGAAAUCGUUUUGAAGAAGAGAUCAGGAAAGUAAAACAGAAGGCAAAGGAGCACUCGGACCUCAUUGAUGCUGAUGACAGUGAUGAGUUAAGAGGUGUAUGGUCUGGAAGUGAUGAGGAGAAGACACUGUGGACUGGUAGUGAAGGUGAUGACGACGAGGAUAUUCCCACGGAAGCCUAUGCAAAUGAGAGUAGUGAUCCAUAUAUAGAUAAGCUCUUUGAAUUUGAGGAAACUCCUAAAUAUAGAACAAUCUCAGAACUGCUAAAAGCUGAAAACGAACCAGAGGAGUUGUCACCAGGAAAGCAAGCUAGGAAACUAGCAGUUGAGAAUGCCCUGAAAAAGUUGAAGAAAGGGCCUGAUGGGCGUUAUACCAAUGUGUGGGAGGUUAUGACUGAUUUGGACAUUCUGAUAGGAGCAUUUGAAAAUAUUGUCUCAGGACCUGAGUAUGCCGAGCUUAGACAAGGUGGACCCAAGAAAUUAAAUAUCCAGUUUUUCAAGGAUAUACAAGCACGUAUGAGAGAUCCAAACUACCAAUUCUCGCCUGAGUUGAAAUUGAAACCAAAGAGCAAAUUUGUCUCGAGAAAGAAAUGGCAGAAAGCACAGUCUAGACGGAGGAAAGCACAGAAGCGUUGAAUUGCAAUAUUUUAUUUUAUUUUUAAAAAUUUGUCUUUUAAACUAGUGGCCUGUGUAUUGUUUGGCCCCCAAAAUUAUGUUGGGCAUGUCUAAAUAUCUUAUGUAUUUCUAUAAUUAUAUGUACUGAAUUGCUUCAGAAGCUUAAUCAGUUACAAAGUGAUUUUAACUUGCACAUACUAUUGCUGAAAA